AAUAGCCAUUCGCUUUACGUCUUAUCUACAAACUAUUAUCUGAAUUUUGAAGUGCACCAUUUAAUUUAUUAAAAAUUAAAUAUUUGAAUCGUUCACUUAAUCUGUUGUCAAUUGGUUUACUGGCCAACCCGCGAAACGUGAAGUGAAUCAUUGAGUUUGUAGUAGACUUUAAACUUUCAAUAAGCACACCUCUACAAAUAAGCGGAUCAAGAUGAACUAGACGGAUUAAUCCGCUUAUGUUAUACAUUUUGUAGCCUGUAGGUAUCAUGGCGGAAGACAAAACUAAGACCGACGAGAAAUACUUGUUGAAAAACGGCAGGGUUCUUCUCAAAGAAAUGUUCGAUGGGCUGGCCUACAGUUAUCCUGUAUUCGACGUAUACGCAGAAAGCCGCGUGGUCGGAUUUCGACCCAAAAAUCAAUACAAAGUGAAUCUACUUGGAGGCGGUGGGUCCGGACAUGAACCCUAUCCUUUUGGAUAUAUUGGAGAUGGAAUGCUUUCGGCUUCGGUCAGCGGUCAUGUGUUUACAUGCUGUUCAUCAUUAAAUAUUUACCAGGCAAUAAAGUACUUGAAUAAUUACAACAGGAACGCAGCUAUUCUACUUAUUGUGGCAAAUUAUACGGGCGACGUAUUCAACUUCGGUUUAGCUUGUGAAAAAGCCAAGAAACUGGAUAAUAUAAACGUAGCCGAACUAGUGGUUGCCGACGAUUGUUCGAGACCUGGCGGCAAAGUGGGUAAGCGGGGAAUGUGUGGACUGUUGUACGUCAUAAAGAUAUUGGGUGCGAUGGCCAGACAAAACACUAGUCUCGAAGAACUGUUGUCAGUCGGUAAGGAAAUAAACAACAAGCUGGCAUCACUGGGCAUAAGCGCUAGCUCCUGCAACACCCCGGGCGAGGACCCUUCGUUUCUACUACAACGAGGCGAAUAUGAAUUUGGAGUUGGAUUACACGGCGAGGCUGGCACAUCGAGGAUUAAAGCAUCCGAUGUCAAAGGAUUGAUACAUUUGGCCGUCGAUAAAAUAUGCGGUACUCUGCGGAUAAAAGAGUCUAGUACAAUUUGUUUAAUCGUAAACAAUUUGGGGACCGUAUCGCACAUCGAAUUGGGCGCUUUAGCCAAGUACACAAAAGAAUAUUUCAACGAGCUGAAAAUCAACGUGAACCGAAUGUUUGUCGGUACGUUCAUCGUAUCCUUGAAUAUGUAUGGUUUUCAAAUUAGCGUACUUGACGUAAGCAACAACCCGGAAUGGGUCGAUUUUAUAGAUGAAGAAACUUCAGCGUUUGCUUGGCCAGGAAAUAACAUGAGCGUAAAACUAACAAACAAAAGAAACCCGGCUGUCAUUGAAAUACCUACUAUGGACCAAAUAACUCCUAAUUUAGGCGUGAGUAUAUCCGAAAUCAACGCUUCAGCGUUGAAAUACAUUUUGAAGUCUGUAGCUGAAGUACUGUUGCAAAACGUCGAGUAUCUAAACAAGUUGGAUCAAGAAAUCGGCGAUGGCGAUAACGGUUCCACGAUAUCGCGAUUUGCUUCUGAACUGCUGGUCGUUUUGGAUAGAUUACCUUUGACGCAUCCAGCUAGCGUUUUGGACUCGUUAGCGCUGAUAUGUGAAGACAAAAUGGGCGGAGCAUCGGGAGCCCUGUACAGCUUAUUGCUGACCGGAGCCGCCGGAUACUUGGCUUCGGCGGACCAGUUGGAUUGGACGGGAGCACUGGGCCGAGCACUAGAAACGGCCAUGAGGUAUUCGAGCGCCAGGAAAGGGGACAAGACCAUGUUCGACCCCAUAAUAGCGGUCCAUGAAGUUUUCCGAGAGAACAACGAACAACUGCUGGCCAACCCUAACCCUGGGGUGUAUGCUGGUGUGUUGUCCAAAGCUCUACGGAAGGUGAAGAACGUUUGUAACGCUUUGAGAGAAAUAAAAGCCGAGUUCGGCAAGGCGUCUUACGUGGAAAGCGUUACGUCAGUCGGCAAAAUGGACGCUGGGGCUCACGGAGUGGCCUUGUGGUUUGAAGCCUUGUGCACCGCAUACGCGGACACCUGUACCGCUUGUGAAUCAAAAACACCCCAUACUAUGUAAUCACUACUAUGUUAACAUUUAAUACUAUAGCUAAUAAUAUUAUACAAAUAAAAAGUAUGUUUUA